CAACCGCAAACAACAAGCAAAACGUUCCCCUUCUCGCUCCGAGUCGCUUCUCUAAAACAGGCUCCCCGGCAUUAUAUACCCUUCUAAAAAUAGCCUGCCGCGCGGCCGGCCAAUCAGGGCGGCUCGAAUUUCGAAUCGGCCCAAUCGGGCGCGGCGUCACGGAGAGGUUCGGUCACGCCAGGAGGAGCCGGGAUGCGUCGCGGGCGCCCAUUGGGCUCCUCUGA